AUGAGAAGCAACAACACAUCGUUCCUUAAAGUUUUAAAUGAAAAGCUUUUAACUGUUUAUUCUUCGUGGGUGUAUCCAAAAGAUUCUUUUCUUGUUGAGUCUUUCAAUGAAAAGUUAGAAGCAUUUAGAGGAAAUGGAUUGAUGGAGUUCUUGAAACUUGAAUAUGUGGAUCCGAAAUAUCUUGCCGUAAAAGAAACAAAAAACGGACCAAAGAAAUUAAAUUUGGAGGAGCUUCGGGGUGGAUUUGGAUUAUGGAUGAUUGGAAAUAUUAUUACGGUUCUACUGUUUCUUCUUGAAGUUUCAUAUUUCAGUUUAAGGUUUUCAUUAAUGAAUAACUAA